CUGGCAGUGAAUAUUGGAACGCAGCCCUCGCAUUCGACCAGUUUAUAUGGGCUGCGUUCACUGUAAGGCUAUUCACUGUAAGGCCUAGUACACAAUGCAAAGGCACAGGAAAUAGGAACAGGGAAUGGGAACAUGAAAUAGAAUAGAAACCUGUAUAAUACUGAAACACAAUUGUCUCCUAUGUUAACCAAUCAUCUGCUGUUGUGCUUGUGCGCAUGUGCUGAACGAAAAUCUGCCUACAAUAAUAUUGAAACCGAAUUAAAAAGUUUUAGUAUUUAAUUUCGGUUUUUGUCAGACGAGAUUUAAGUAGUAAAGGGAAUUGCUUCCUGCAAUCAUUAAAGUCGCAAAUAUAACAUAGAUCAACAUGAACAACGACAAAGAUAAUUUUAUGCUAUUUCUGGUUCAUGUGCAAAUAUUUGGAUUAUAUGCCAUUUGGAAAAGAAGAAAACGUAAGCGUUGGAUCAAUAGGAGAUGGUGGGUGGGACCCAUAAACACAAGACGAGAAGAAUAUGGUGAUUUUACAACCCUUCUUGCGGAAUUGAAAGAAGAUCGUGAUCUUUUCUUUCGAUAUACACGAAUGGAUGUCGAAACAUUUUAUGAAUUACUGGAAAUGGUGCGACCUUAUCUACAGAAAAACAGUUUACGAGAACCAAUUUGUCCGGAACAACGGCUUACAUUUAGAUAUAUGGCUAGUGGCGAUCAAGUAUUGUCAUUAGCUCUCACUUAUAGAGUAAGAGUGUCUACUGCUCAUAAAAUAAUAAAAGAAACCUGUGACGUUAUUACCAGUGUUUUAAUGAGUAUAUUAUAUGAAAACUACUUCAGAAGAUGAAUGGAAAGAUAUGAGCAGAGAUUUUUUAACUAACCAACUGCGACGAACUUUAUUGUUGAAUGGAGAAGGGAUUGUUCUUGGCAUCGGCGAGGUUGAUAGUUGUAAUGGAGUUGUUCUUGGCAUCAGCGAGGUUGGUUGUUGCAACGGAGAAGGAGUUGUUCUUGGCGUCGGCGAGGUUAGUCGUUGCAACGGAGAAGGGGUUGAUCUUAACAUCGAUGAAGUUGAUUACUGUGACGGCGAAAAUGCUGGUAUAUGCAAUU